CCGUUUCCUCCGAUGUCCCCAGUCUCGGCACUCUCGAACACGCAAGUUUCACCGAAUGCUCUGAGCAAAAUAAACCAGUCUCGGCGUGCCUCCAGGUCGUCCCUGGCUGCAGUUAUCGGAGCCCAGCGGGGCGAAGAGGAAGACGCUCUGUUGGACAAAGUGCUCGAGCGCCACGUGGUCAACCCGACCAGCGAUGCGACCGCCCAGCGCCGUGGCGCGCCCGUGCUGUUCGCGGUGGCGGCCGUCAUCACGCUGCCCAUCGUGGCGCUGGUGCUGUUCGCCGUGCUGGCCAAGACGCAGAUAAACGUGCAAGUGGACGCCGCAUGGGGUACUCUAUCCACCCUGAUAGUAUAUAUACCAUGUAUGUAUGUCGCGAACGGAGAACAGGCUCUGCAUACCUUGAGGUAAAGAUUUAACGCUAAUCUACUAUACUGAGCCAUUUCGCAUCUGCGACCUUUGAACUUUCGAGAGCGAGUCCAGCAUGGCUGCCAGGGCUU